CGAGGUACCGCGCGGAUGAACGAGGAAAUAAUCAUGUAAACAACAAACUGUGUGCAUUUCGAACGUUUGAUCAAGCUUGUCAUGGGGUCCAGGUCAACGACUUACAUUAUGGAGUUAUUGCUUCGAUUUUACUCUAGUUGACGAGCCAGAGAAUUGAAUAGAAUGACAUCGAAGGUAAUCUACUUUAAGGUCGGAGACAGGGACGAACAAGCCGAAAUCAGCUCGGAUAUACCGACGGAAGAUGUGAAAGACCUGUUUCGAUGUGCGGCUGAAGCGGGUCCGAACGACAUUCUUAAACUGUACAACAUUAAGGGAAAUAUCGUGAAUAUCUCGGGCAAACUACAAGAAAACUCGCCUGAAACGCGCUAUAGACUUGAGGCCGUCGCGACCAACUGUCCGGCAUGUGGAGUGUGCGAUAAUGAGCAUACACUACUAGCAUUAGAGGAAAGGUUAGAAAAACUAGAAGAAAAGAUUUUAAUUGAAAAUGGCGAGACACCGUCUGUUGUCAAAGAUAUCAAGUCUAAAGUAGACUCAUUUCGAGACAAACUAGAGAGGGCAACACUCCAACAAUUCUUAUAUGAAGUUUACAGACAUUAUAAUCCAACGCCGUUCCAUAAUUUUAGACACGCAUUCUGUGUUACCCAAAUGAUGUAUGGUUUAAUAUGGAUGACCGAAAUAACAUCAAAAAUUGAGCCWCAUGAGGUGCUAAUCAUGUUAACCUCAGCGUUAUGUCAUGAUCUUGAUCAUCCCGGCUAUAACAAUGCRUAUCAGAUAAAUGCGCGUACCGAGCUAGCACUGCGAUACAAUGAUAUUUCACCAUUAGAAAAUCAUCAUUGUGCUGUAGCGUUCGACAUUAUGUCCCAGAAAAAAUCCAACAUUCUCAAGAAUGUCCCUCCAGAUAUGUUCAAAAAAGUUCGAGAAGGAAUGAUCAAGUGUAUUCUUGCAACUGACAUGGGAAGACAUUCUGACAUUUUAAACAAAUUUAAAGAGCAACUGAAGUCGAGUUUUGAUUUUACAAACGAAGAACAUAAAUCGAUGCUGAUGCAAAUAAUGAUCAAAGUGUCGGACGUUUCUAACGAGGCUCGCCCUAUGGACGUCGCUGAACCAUGGCUGGACUGUUUACUGCAAGAGUUUUUUAUACAAAGUGACGUAGAGAAAAUGGAAGGACUACCUGUGGCGCCAUUCAUGGAUCGUGACAAAGUAACCAAGCCCUCUGCACAGAUUGGUUUCAUCAAGUUUGUCUUGAUACCUUUGUUUGAAGCCCUGGGAAGACUGUUUCCGAUUCUUGAGGAUCAACUUAUCUCACCUGUGCGUAAAGCUCUCAACUACUACGUCGACAUGGGUCACACCAUGGAAAAGGAACUAAAAAAGAAGAAUUCUCGAGAAGAAAGUGAAAAAACGUCAGAACAGUUACAAAAAGAAAACGCGGUACCCAAAGAAAAACUUACGAACGGAACCGCUGACUGAUGAGAAAAAAAAUACUGCAUUGAGAAAUAUCACUAUAUCCAUGAAAUAGUUUGCUCACAAAAUUGCUUUAGUUUAUGCAAUUUCUAACUAGAGUUUAGGUCGUUAGACCCGUGAAACAAAAACUUUGCCUAUAAAAGUGUAAUAGUCACAAAUAGACACAAAAGAAAGCAAUGCAAUUAGAGUAUACUAAGGUGUAUUAGUCGAAUACCUAUUUCACGGUUCUUUGACUUGACUGUUUCACGGAUGUAAUGAGCGCACUUUAUGCAGGCAAAUUAUUUACAUAAACUUAUAUAGAAACUUGUUUUAUACCUCCACCUUCGUAUAUCGAGGGUUUUGUUAAAGACUGAAUCACUGAUUGGCUCAAACGGAAAAGAGCAAUUGCGUCGUAAUUUAUUUUAAACCAAAUCCACAUUACAUUCAAAUUUACUUGAAUGCAAUCUUUGAAUAUAUUAGACAUUUUUAUGUACGUGUUGAGUAAUAUAGAUGUACUGGUAUACAAGCACAUCUUUCCUUUGCUGUGACGUCGGAAAAAAAGACGUCCCCCACAUUACGCGCUAAAUCAUAGUUGCAAUGCAUCAUAGUUGUCGGCUGCAAUGCAUUAUGGUCGAGGGCCGCAAUGUAUCAUGGUUAAUGAUUGCAGUGCAUCAUGGUUGACGGCUGCAAUGCAUUAUGGUCGAGGGUCGCAAUGUAUCAUGGUUGCCGACUAAGAUGCAUCAUGAUUAACGGCUGCGAUGCAUCAUGGUUGACGGCCGCAAUGUAUCAUGGUUGAUGAUUGCAAAGCAUUAUGUUCAACAGCUACGUAAUGACCGCAGGUAUUGUUAUGGRCGACGACUGACCUUUUUGAAGGCUGUCGUGCAUUCAUUUCAUAAUUUAUUUUUGUUACUUCAUUUAGUUAUAUUUACACUAAAAUAGAAUCGCACAAGGCAUGUGGACAAACAUACGCCUAGCCUGUGUACAUCCAUUCCCACCCCCUCCCCCUAAGGGUCCGAAUUUUCCCCGUAGGGGAGGAGGGGUGGGAACGGAUGUAUAAAGGCUAACAUACGCCUAGUUGUACGCUUAAGAGUUCAAAACGUUUGAUAUCCUUAGUCACCUGUGAUUACAAAAUGAUUGAAGACAUUCGCUUGUACACAGGGUAACCAAAAAAGGAUUUGAAACGUUUUUAUUGCUAUUCUUUUAUUAACUAUUUUUGUACUUCUAUUUAAUACAACGAUUCACUGGGAACAAAUUCGACCUAUUUACUAACUCAAUAAACAUUUCCAAAAGUU